CCCACCUUGGCUUCUCGCCUCCUCACACCAGUCAUUACCACCAUGUCACAAUCCCAAUCACAGCCAACUCUGGUCCCAGAUACGCCACCCGUACCAUCUGUCCACUCACAGCCCCUAGUUGGCUCAUACACAUGGCGCAGCGCUAUUCCCAAGGAGGCGAGAGGCGUGCCUUGUAUCCUCGGCGUCGAUGAGGCUGGACGAGGGCCUGUAUUGGGCCCGCUCGUGUACGGCAUAGCCUACUGUCCCGCAAGCUUCUCCGACUCGCUCAAGUCAGUAGGCUUUGCAGACUCAAAAGCCCUAACAGCAGAAAGGAGAGACGCCCUCCUUGCGGCGCUCAUCGACAACCCGGACAACCUGGGCUGGGCAACCCAGUCCAUGUCCCCGCAAGACAUCUCAGCGGGAAUGCUGCGACGCCGUCCGCACAACCUCAAUGCGCAGAGUACUGAAGCGACCGUGCAGCUCAUUUCGGGGGUGCUGGAGGCAGGUGUGGAUGUAGCCGAGAUAUUCGUAGACACGGUUGGCGACCCCGCCACAUACGCCAAAACGCUUCGCAGCUACUUCCCGCAGGCCAAAUACAAGCACAUAGAAUGGACCGUCUGCUCCAAGGCCGACGCCAUUUACCCAAUCGUAGGGGCGGCUUCGAUUGCGGCAAAGGUGACGCGCGACCGAUGGGUCGAGGACUGGAGGUAUGCAGAGCACGUGGAGGGGCCGCAGGGUGAAGAAGAGGGAGCGAUAAAGAACGAGACUCAGGAAGAUGAGGAUGACGCCCUGAGGGAGGUGCUUCAGGGCCAGGCAUCUGCUUCGUCGUCACGCUCGCCCUCCCCCACGAAGAAGGCUGCACCAACCAGCAAGAAACGCAAGCGACCUUCACCUACAGACCUUGCCGCUACCUCUUCCGAUUCCAUAUCCUCUCGCGAUCACUGGCACACUUUUGGCUCAGGCUACCCCUCGGACCCAAACACGGUUGCGUACCUGCAUCGCACGCUGGACCCCGUCUUUGGCUGGCCGGGUAUUGUGCGCUUCAGCUGGGCGACGGUGAAAACGCUUCUGGAGGAGAGGGUCAGAGCACCAGGCGCUGCGGGGGCAAAGAAGGCCGCAGCAGGUGGCAAGAGGGCAUCAAGGUCUGCCUCGAGCAAGGCGCCAAAGCAGGAAGAAGGAGAGGAAGACACGCCAGAUGGCGGCCCUGCUACUUUGACGACAUCUGCGCUAAGCGCUACUGGCUCUUUGAAUCCGCCACCUGGCCAGCCAAAGGGGUUUCGCGUCAAGUGGGCAGACGAGCCAGCUCAGAUCACCAGCUUCUUUACAAAGGCGAAGGGAGGUUCAUCAAGCACCGCGACUCCGGGUUCGUUCAGCAUUGUUUCUGGGGGCGCAGCUGGAGCGAACAAGGCGGGGAGCACAGGAGGAGCCGGAGGCGCAGCAGCAGCUGGUCCUAGCGCAGCGACGAGUAGGGAAGACCAUCUGUUGCGCCUGACCUGGAGGGCGGACGAUGAUGCGCUGCGUGGCUCUGCGAGGGUAGGCUCAAGUCUGCGCAGCAUUGGGCCAGGAGUGCUGGGCUUGUGAUGACAAUGUGUUUUGCUUGCAUUUGACCAUCGACUUUAAUUCUAUGCACCC